AUUCUUCAAGUUCAAUCACACACAACAAAAUAAUUCAAGAAAUGCCUCCUCUGAUUCAAUCAAAUUGGGACUCUGUUCAGACUCGUGCAUGGGCAUCUUCAACUGUCGAUAGUUUCUUGUGUGAUCCACAACCCAUCAGUUUUGAGCCACACAACCAACCAAAUAAAAAGACCAACGCCGGUCGUCGGUCAAUGUCAAUAAUCGAGCAAAGUCUCCUCAGACCAACAAAGUCUCUUGAAGGAACUCGCUCAAAACCACGCACCCUUUUCACGUCCAAUAGUCAAUUUGUCAUUGACCAACAUAUCUGCCAGACAGCCACAAACACCUCAACAACUUCUUCUUCAUCUUCUUUAUCACAACAGCCUUCACCUCCCCGGACUAAACGUGGGUGGACUCUUGACCGACUCGUCUUCCAUUUCUUCACACCAACCCAUUCACUCCGCCGAAAGGUAGCACAAAAAGAACAACAGGGUCUUGUAUUAUGGCAAGAUGCAUUUUACGAAUCUCUCCGUCUACCAAUCUCAAAGUCAUCGCAACAUCCACGAUCAGCCCAACUCAAAAGAUUCAUUCUCGAUGAAUUAUUGACUACAGAAAGCACAUAUCUACAACAUCUCCAGAUGGCCAAAAUGCUUUAUAUGGAUCCACUCUUAAAGGCAGCCCAGGCAACACCGCCUCUGGUCAAUCUGAGGCUGGUAGAAUCAAUCUUUGCCUAUUUACCGCAGUUGAUCGUGCUAUCGACAAAUCUAGUCGAUUGGCUGACCGAGUGCAUCUGUAUCUGUUCAUCGGGAAAAGGCGUAGGUCAAGUGUUCUGUGAGAUGGAAGGGCGAUUGGAGAUCUACAUUGGCUAUGCUGCCAACUAUGCAACGUGCCAACGAUCACUGGCCAAGGCAGACCGAAGCAGUGCUUACCGCCAAGUGAUAGAGGAUUCACGGCAUAAAAAAGAAUCACACCGAAUGGAGCUUUCGGAUUAUUUGAUUGCGCCCAUACAACGUAUCACUCGAUAUUGUCUCUUAUUUAAAGACCUCUUAAAACACACUCCAUCAAUCGAACAAGAUUACCCCAACCUUGACCGCUCAUUAAAAUGUCUGACUGCCCUUGCACUAGCAAUGAACAAUAUCCAGUAACCAAGCAACCAUUUAUUCAUUCAAUAAUCAUAAUAAUUUCGAUUUCAUACACUUAUUUACCUACAUAACUUAUUUACAUAACUUACGCACCACAAACUACGCACUACAAACUACGCAGUCUUUCUUUAUCUCUCACCCACCCCUUCCACCUCCUUCCACCCCUUCCAAACCCUCAUAUGUAUCAUAUUAUCUUCAUCAUCUAUAUAUAUAAUUUUUUUCUGUAUAUUCUUUUUUUUUUCUAUAAGCAAAUAAAGUAAAAUAAAAACAUC